UGGGGGCGCUGGAGGAGGCUGGUCCUCUCUCGGAGCUCCUGCUUGCAACUCUGAGCGGCUUCCUGCUCUCUCUCCUGACAAACGGCUCAUUCUCAUCGCUGAUCAUGUGCUUCGCUCUCCGGCUCGGCUGCAGGAAGUUGGACUUGCUGCGUUUCUUCCCUCCUCGCUCGUCUUGACAGCCUUGUUUUCUCCUCCCCCUUUCUCCUGUUUUCCCUCUGGCUUCCAUCUCUCUCUUCAGCCGGGCGUGAGAGAGAGACAAGAGCCGACAAGCUGGCUCUGUGAAGCCGCAGGAGCUGGCGGUGAUCACCUUCUCACCCCGGACACAGAGAGCAGGUCAUGGAGGCUCUGGCGAAGGAGAAGGGGCUCUGGGCGUCGGACGACUCGCAGCCCCUGCCUACUUUGAGCCCAGCCGUGCCACCCUACGUCACUUUGGGCCUGACGGUGGUCUACACCGUCUUUUACUCCCUCCUCUUCAUCUUCAUCUACAUCCAGCUCUGGCUGGUCCUGCGGUACCGACACAAGCGCUUCAGCUACCAGACCGUGUUCCUGUUUCUGUGCCUGCUGUGGUCGGCGCUGCGCACCGUGCUUUUCUCCUUCUACUUCAAGAACUUUGUCACGGCCAACACUCUGGGACCCUUUCCCUUCUGGCUGCUCUAUUGCUUCCCCGUUUGCCUGCAGUUCUUCACACUCUGCCUCAUGAACCUGUACUUUGCGCAGGUUAUUUUUAAGGCAAAGUCCAAAUAUGCACCGGAGCUUUUGAAGUACAGGCUGCCACUGUAUCUCACCUUCCUGUUUAUCAGCCUGGUGUUUUUAGUUGUCAAUUUGGUGUGCGCCCUGCUGGUGAGGAUGUCCUCUGCAGAAGCCCACACCAUCGUGCUGGUGAGGGUCGCGAUCAACGACACGCUCUUCGUCCUGUGCGCCAUCUCGCUGGCCUUGUGUCUUUACAAGAUCGCCAAGAUGUCGCUGGCCAACAUUUACCUGGAGUCCAAGGGGACAUCAGUGUGCCAGGUGACGAUUAUAGGAGCCAUCGUCAUCCUUCUGUACACAUCCAGGGCCUGCUACAAUCUGGUGGUGUUGGCGCUCUCAAACAAGAGUAUUAACUCCUUUGACUAUGACUGGUACAACGUUUCAGACCAGGCAGACCUACAGUCCACUCUGGGCGACACCGGCUACAUCGUCUUCGGAGUGAUCUUGUUCGUGUGGGAGCUGCUCCCCACAUCUCUUGUAGUUUUCUUCUUCAGAGUUCGACAGCCUAAACUGGACAGGAGCGGCACUGGGCUUCCUGGUCACGUCUUCUCCUCUAGGGCCUAUUUCUUUGACAACCCGCGGCGUUACGACAGUGACGAUGACCUAGCGUGGAGCGUAAUGCCUCAAAACAUCCAAGCCAGUCUCGCCGCUGACAGUUAUGAGUGGGGGAGCCAAAGCGGCGGCAUCGGCGCCUACAUCGGCGAUGACAGUUACAACUUCACUCCUCCAGAGGAGCUCAGCCACUACUGACAGGAGGCCAUGAUGACUUCCUCGGACCUGUGGCUUUUUUUUUUAUUAUAAAUUGUAAAGUUUUGCACACUGACUGACCGACCAAGGCACACUGGGAUCAAAGUGCCCUUCAGACUUCAAACAUCCAAUUUUCUAUUUUGUCUAAAGAACUAAUAGACUUUUGUUGCCAGUAUGUAUACAGACCCAGUAAAGGGACGUGAUUUUGCACACUCUUUGUAUAAAGCCUGAUCUGCUUGUAAAGGUUUAUAUUGAAUAUUACUUAAUAUAUAUCCUGAUCUCUGUAAUAUGUACUGUAUUUCUGUUUUAUGUAACAUCUAUGAACAAGUUUCCUUUUUUCCAUACAGAUUUGUUUAUAUAGAGAAGAUAUUCAUUUAGUUCAUAUUAAAAAAACAAAAAAGAAAA